AUGCCGGGCCUCCAUCCAUUUCAGAAUGCUACGCCGCGGCAGCAGAUUCCCAACGAAGCGCCACAAUACUUCUCGCCGUUCUUCGAGCAGCCGGCGAAACCACCUCCAGUCACCAUCUGGCAACCCCCGAAUGUAGAGCUUCCUCGGCGGUCGAAAGCUCCCACGCAUCGCCCGCGAUCGCCACCAAAGAUACCAACGGCUGGAACGUGGACGCGAAACAACAGCCUCUCGGAGGAUAAACCGACGCCUACAGGUCUCUUUCAGCCAAAGAAGAGAAGCGGGGAUGAGAUCAUGUGGCUCGGUUCCGUCACCGGAUUCUCCUUGCCCGAGCCUACGCCACCAGCGGUACAGAGGUCCUUGCGAAGCAAGCUGGUACGGAAGCCCGAGGAGAUCCCCAGCCAGGCCAGCUCGGCGACAGGCCCAAAGGCGACGGAAGCGAAGCGAACGAAGGAGGAGGAAGCAAGAGCCAGGGAGAGGCGGUUGGAGGAGUGGGCUACCAGGAAGAAGCCAAACGCGACAGACAAGCAACCGAAACGGAGCGACGGCUCGUCGAUACCUCUACCCCAACCGAUCGAAUCCCGACUCCGGCCACGCAAGAAGGUGUACACGCCGCUCCUGCAAACCGAAGACAACCGGCCCAAUGCCAUUCACCGACCGCACAUGCCUAGCGACGACGAGGGGAGCUAUGCUCCGAACAAGCCGUUCCUGCCUCAACCCAUAGAGACCGUGAAGAGAAGCAACAGGCGACCUGUGCCCAUUCCAAAGAAGCUGAAGUCCGAGGAAGAAGAAACACUAUGGAUGGGACUGCCACAACCGGUGGAAUCGUCCCGGCGAACGCAUCGGAAGAGUCCUCUGAACAAGAUGCAAUCCGUGGAUGAUCAGGAUGGCGACGUUCCGGUGGGCGGAGAGUCACGCGCCUCUGGUUUGACUGAGCCCCUUCCCGAGCCGGUAGAGUCGACGCGGCGCUCCAAUCGCCCUACCCCCACGGAAAAGAAGAAGGGGGACCUACCGUCGCCGAUUGAGGUUACAAGGAGGUCUAAUCGCCCGGACCCAACACCAAUUCAGAAAGACGACCCCCCGACACCUACCACGUCGUUCUUUGGCCCCGAUGCCCUGCCGCAGCCGAUCGAGUCUACGCGACGAGCGCAUCGACCCAUAAAUGUCCGUCCUCUGAUACCCCAACUCGUAGAAAGCUCGAUGCGAUCCUCUCUGUCGAGAGUUCCUCACGCCGAAAUGCAUUUGGAGCUCCCCCAGCCAGUUUCCGUGUCGCGAUGGACGAGUAGGGCACCGGGAUUACGCAGGGACGCCUCCUCGGGCAGGCCCACGUCGCCUGGCCAAUAUCACUUCACACGAGACAGGAACCGACCGAAAGUGAAAUUCGCAGCGCCCGCCGCGGAUCACGUAUGGCAUUUGGAGGAGCCGAUAGACUCGACUCCCACAAGUCCAGUUGAGAGCCCAGAUGCUAGCACCACUGUCUCUAAAUGCCCGAGCCUGAGCUCUUCACCGACAUCCUCCGCGACAAGCAUGGCCUGGGAUGUCCCUGUAAAGUCAUCGAAAAUCCUCGGCUCUCAGGGGCGCCGCGAAUCUCCCGACGACGGAUUCUCAGGCUACGUGUUGACGCUGGAACGGAAAUUGAAGCAAGAAAAAAUACAGGCGGAGGAUAGGGCGAAAGAGGGGCCUGAGUACCCUUUCCCUAUAACCGAGGACGUGGAUACCGAUGAUGCGACAUAUAACGACGCCUGUGCAACCCGACGCACUGGCCUGGGAAUAAGGAGCGAGUCAUCCGAAACCAUCCGACCGAAGCUGCGGGCGAUUGAGACAGAACCAGCUAUUAAGACACAGCCGAGGCGAUCCAGCUCCAUCGACUACGAAGACGAAGAAGACAACGACGACUACCCGAUCUGCUCCUCGCCCCGAUUCGAAGCGUUCAAGCGCCGAGCACCUAUUCCCGACUUCGAGCUCCUGGACGAUCACGACGAGAGGUUCUACCGAGAGCGACAAGCGCCCAAUGUCGAGGGAAUGUGGCAGCCCGCCGGCCUCGCCGUAGCCUACCAAACUAGCCCAAACCUCUCAUCACCAACAGAUUCGCCAGCUCUAUCGACAAUGUCGAGCACGCGAACCACCCUCACAAAUGGACCCCUUACCGCACCAGCACGGAUGUGGCACCGCCCUGGGGGUCCCUCACCCGGGUACACCGUCGCGUCGCUGCCGCCGGCAAAGAGGAGAGAGAACACGGCUAAGGAGGUCACACCCAGCUUCGUGGACGAAGUGUACCGAUACCUAAGCCUCCAGUUUGAGAACGUUGCGGGCAAGUUUGAUCCGGAACUUGCAGCCUACACGGGAGUGGACGUUGCCGAGGUCAAGCGGGAUCGCAAGGCGGCGCUGACGGUGUACUGUGAGAAGUGGGUUCAGGAGAAUCCCGACUUCCAGGCCGGAGAGCGCGGUAAAGGAGGUCUGUGGUAG